UUUUCUGUAGUAAUAUUGUAUUGUCUUCUUCACGAGUCUUGUUCCCAUUCCCGAGACAUUUUUUUUUCUUUUUUUUUUUCUCUUUGUGACUCCUCAGUUUCUCAGAAGCCAAAGGGAAAAGAGUUUUGAUCUCUUUCUUCCCUUAUCUUUUUCUUAUAUGGCAGCUGCACCGGUUGAGCCGGCGGUGACAACGAUGUUCCCUGGCUUCAAAUUCUCGCCGACGGACAUCGAGCUUAUUUCUUAUUACUUGAAGAGGAAGAUGGAUGGUUUGGAGAGGUCUGUUGAGAUUAUACCUGAGGUUGACAUUUACAACUUCGAACCUUGGGAUUUACCUGACAAGUCCAUUGUAAAAUCUGACAGCGAAUGGUUCUUCUUCUGUGCUCGUGGUAAGAAGUAUCCCCACGGUUCACAGAACAGAAGAGCAACCAAGAUGGGAUAUUGGAAAGCCACAGGAAAAGAACGUAAUGUGAAGUCAGGUUCUGAGGUGAUUGGAACAAAGAGAACGCUUGUAUUCCACAUUGGUCGUGCGCCAAAAGGCGGACGGACCGAAUGGAUUAUGCAUGAGUACUGCAUGAUUGGAGUAUCACUGGAUGGUCUAGUUAUUUGCCGACUUAGGAAGAAUACCGAAUUUCAAGGAGCUACAAUUCAAAAGUCACCACAGCCAAGUAUAUUACCUGACAAGCACCACGUAGACACGAAUAACGCUAUUUCAGAGAGUAUAUCUGGUUGGGAAAAUAUGGUUGACUUUUACUUAUCAAGUGAGUCAGGGCAGGAACUACUCAGUGAAAUAGCAGAAUCUUCACAAUCUUCACAAAAUCCACAGCAAUCAUUGCUACAGAAACUGCCAUUACAAAAUGACACUGGAGAAGAAAACAACAUAUCCAUGUCAAAUUGCUUUAUCGGUAUAUACUCGAUUAAGUCUAUAAACCGAGCGCGGUGGGACGUCGUUGUUUGGGCGCUUGUUAUGAUAGCUGUGUUGGUAUUUUAUCUAGUGUAAUGCCAUAAAAGACUUUUUCUAGGCAGUUUGCAUGGUUAUGUCUUAAUGUUGAGAGAGAUCUUGUAACUGUUAGGCUUAGUUUACGUUAUCAUUCUCUCCAUUAUAUAUUAAGAAUUGUAUUGUAGUGUCUAUGUGUACCAAGAAUAUGAUUCUAUGAAUAUGAGGCUUUCGGGAGAUAUGUAAUUCUGUUUAAGGUA